AUGCUGCAUCCCUUCUUGUAUUCUAUCAUCUUUCUUUCAUUUUCAACAGUCUUUUCUGGUUCAUCUUGGCUCAAAAACUUGAAUUUGCCUCGUCAAUUGUUGGAAUACCACGUGGCGACAAGACCACAGUUAAGGGAGAGAUGUCUGGCCGAUUCGGAGUGCAAACUGGAGGUGAGUCACUUCGCAGGUACAGUAAUCCUAGAAGUUUUCAGUUAACCACUCAAAAGUGCUUUGGAUUCGAAGAUGGAUGCGAGAAGAAUAGCUCUUUGGGGUUCAGGAGCAAGUUCACCAGUUGUGACAAGAAUCUGAAUUCGUAAGAAUGAAAGAAGACUCGUAGCUAAUAUUAUUUUACAGAAAAGUUGAGGAAACGUUCUGGAAGCAGGCAGAUUUCGGGUACUUGACACCGAGAAUGGUGAAACAUCAGAUUUGUAGUUCGGAACAUGAGGUGGUGUAGCUGUGAAAAGUCUGAAAAACUAUUCGAUCGUUCUCAGAAUGCGUCCACUCUUUCGUGUUCGGAUCAGCUCACUCACUGUGUCGGAACGAACGUUUUCUUUGAUUUCUCAAAUCUGAAUCACGAAACAUCGAGCCGAUACCGACAAGAUGUGAUAAAAAGUGGACAGAUCGGUGGGAAAUGCGAAAAGUUCGAUGGAGAGUUGUUGGCGAAGAACUUGGAAUGGAAGGGAUACUUGAUGAGUUGGUGCGUUCCUCAACAUUUGAUUGUUUUUGUUUGACCUAUCUUUCAGGUCCGACGAACUACAACAUUUCCAAUCGAACCCCGAUUUCCAACUGAACCAAAAGUUCUGUGAUUUCAUUUUCGAACGACCCACUAUUGUGAUGAAACUCGACGCGGCUGUGAACUUGUCAGUUUUUCCUUUUUUAGCUUAAAAUAGUCUUGAAUUUGAAGGUACCAUCACUUUUGCGAUUUCCUGAACCUCUAUGCAUCCCUACACAUCAAUCAGACUUUCGAUCAAGACGUGGACAUUGUUUGGUGGGAUACGGUAACAGUUACACAACUUUAUGAGGAGCUGAAAGUGAGUAAUUCCAGCACCCGGAAGGCUUUCUUGACAAAAUGUACGGAGUCACAUGGAAAGCGUUCUCAAAGCAUCGACCUUUUGAGCUGAAGGAAUUGGGUAAGAAACGUAUAAGAAUGCAAUAUAAUAUCAACUUGAAUGACUGCAGAUGGAAAGCGUGUGUGCUUCCGAAACGUGAUGCUUCCCCUCUUGGCUCGUCAGCGAAAUGGGCUCUUUUACAAUACCCCGCUGGCGCAAGGAUGCACCGGUUCUUCACUUUUCAAGUCGUUCUCCCAAUUCAUACUUCACAGGUCAGUCAGUCAACAGUUUCCCCGCUUAUUUUUUAAACGUUUCUUUGUAGGCUCGGGAUAAAGCCACAAAAAGCUGAUUUGGAGAAAGUUCGCAUUGUGAUUCUGUCGCGAUCAACCGCCUUUCGGAAGUUUUUGAAUGUGAAAGAGGUGGGCUUCCAAAUAUUUUAUAGUUGUGUCAUCAACUCAAUAAGUGAAAUGUGA